GCGCGCGCCAAGAUGGCGUCUGAGGGGCGCUGAGGCGGAGGCUGCGGGGAUGGCGGCGGGGAUAGGGAUAGGGAUGGAGCUGAGGCGGGCGGGGGCAGCGCGGGGCCCCGCCGCCCUCACCCUCCUCACCCGCGGCAUCCUCACCCGAGCUGAGCCGCGUCGUCACCGCGGGCCGCUGCCCCGUACACCUUGGACAACCCGCGGGCCGCCGCCGGAGGAGCUGGCCCGGGCGGUGGAGCGGCGGCCGGUGCGGGAGCAGGUGGAGUUGGACACCAUCACCUACGCCGGGCGCCAACAUUACCUACCCGGCCUGGCCCGGCCAGUCUUCCCUCCCUGGGACCGCGGCUGGCACGAUCCCUGGCACUCCCCGGGGCCGCGGUACGAGGAGAUGCCGCUGUACCAGGAGCGGGGAUGCUUCAUCUGCCACCAGCGCGUCCGCAUGCUGGAAGGAGCUCGCCAAGCUCGGUGGCUCACCAAGACCAAGCUGGUGGAAGGGCUCCCUCCGGCUGUGCUGAGCAUUGUGGAGAACCCAGCUCACCAUCUGGAGGGCCUGGAGGAAAAGGUGAAGGGUGCCAUCUCCCAUGCCAGGUUCUGGAACACCACGGAGGUGGCUCCCCAGAGAGAACAGUACUGCCCAGUGCUGUUUGAAGACUUGAUACAUUUAUGUCGGUCAAUGUCUAUGAAGUAUCCUUCUCUGACUAAAAGAAUGUUGGCUCGAAACUACAGGAUAGCAGCUACUUGGGAAAGAGAAUCCACUCUCCUUCAGGUCCGAGGCCUGAAUGGAAUCCUUAUGAACUCUAUGACCCCAAUACCACCAGUAGCCUCCAAGGAGGAGAUACUGGCCACUGAGGACUAUGUUCUGGAGACCUUUUAUCCCAUCUCUCCUACAAUUGAUCUUCAGGAAGUGAAUGUGUACAGAGAGCUCAAUGAUACAGGUUUCCAAGAUGGUUAUCCAUACUCCCAUCCUCACACUCUGUUCUUCCUGGAAUCGGCCAACAUCCGUCCCGACAGGUUCAGACCAGAACAGCUUCGUGCCAAAAUGCUGAUGUUUGCUUUUGGCAAUGCUCUGGCAAAGGCUAAAGCCCUCUAUGGGAAUGAGCCCAAGGUUUUGGAGCAGCCAGUAGUGGUGCAAAGCAUUGGCACAGAUGGCCAGCUCUUCCAGUUCAUGGUGUUCCAGUUAAAUACCACAGACCUUGUCUCAAAUGAUGGCAUUAAAAAUCUAGUCUGGAUUGAUGCUGAUCAGAAUCUCUAUGAAAAAGCCCAAUGUGUUCCAGAAAUCAAGAAGAGAGUUGUUACGAAGCCCACUGGAAUAUAUGGCUUUCAGCCAGACACAUUCAAGAAGUUUCUGGCACUGUAUCUGCAUGGAACUGUGUGAAAUUCAGCUCAAACGAAAAUACUUCACCAACUGUACCUGCUGCUUCUCUUGGACAGAGCCAUCACAUAAUUAAAGAAAGGUGGAUUAAUUUGCUUUCAAAAAAUAAAAUAUAUUGUUACUGAAAGAAAAAAGAAAAUUUAAA